AGGAACCCUAGAAUUGAAAAUCUCCUAUCGAAGCUUUUCUCAUUCUGAUGAUCGCUUGAGGAGAGAGGAGGCGGCGGCGCUGGUGAGAAUCGAUAGGCUCUUCCCCGAUGUCUGUGUCAUCGUCGCUCAAGUUGCCGCGCCUGGCGCGAUUGGCAUUGCGGGCGCGCGCGGUGUAUUUGGAGAAUCCCGGAUCCAGGAAUUUCUCCGCUUGCUCGUCGUCGGCUAGGUCCGGUGCCGGGCCUGCUAGAUCGAAGUACUUUUCUUCCUCCUCUGUGGCCGCUGCCGAUCUGCCGUUUGGAGCCCCCGCCUGGUACAGGAGGGGCGCUAGGAUCGGAGGAGGUCAAUGUGCCGUCGCGCAGGCCGGGGUUUUGACGGCGCCUGGACAGCGCAGGAGUUCCAGGGACUACUCCUCGUCAGCUAACCCCUACAAGAAUCUGGUAAAGCCUUUGGAGGGCCAUGGAAAGUACUACAGCCUGCCAGCUUUGAACGAUCCUCGCGUUGAUAAGCUGCCGUAUUCCAUCAAGAUUCUACUGGAGUCGUGCAUCAGGAACUGUGACAACUUUCAAGUCACAAAGGAAGAUGUGGAGAAAAUCAUAGACUGGGAGAACACAGCUCCCCAGCAAGUGGAGAUCGCUUUCAAGCCCGCACGAGUCAUCUUGCAGGAUUUUACUGGAGUUCCUGCUGUUGUUGACUUGGCUGCAAUGCGUGAUGCGAUGAAGAGGCUCGGUGGGGAUCCCAACGUAAUUAAUCCCAUGAUUCCUGUUGAUCUGGUCAUAGAUCAUUCAGUUCAAGUUGAUGUAGCGAGGGCUGCGAAUGCUCUUGAAGCCAACAUGAAACAUGAAUUCGACCGUAACAAGGAGCGAUUUGGAUUUCUAAAAUGGGGUGCUACAGCUUUCAAAAACAUGCUGGUUGUGCCGCCUGGGUCGGGUAUUGUGCACCAGGUUAAUCUCGAGUACCUAGCUCGUGUGGUUUUUUCUAAUGAUGGAUUUUUAUACCCGGAUAGUCUAGUUGGGACUGACUCACACACGACGAUGAUAGACGGGCUUGGUGUUGCCGGAUGGGGUGUUGGAGGUAUUGAAGCUGAGGCAGCGAUGCUUGGUCAGCCAAUGAGUAUGGUUUUGCCUGAGGUUGUUGGCUUCAAGUUAAGCGGCAAACUUCGAACUGGAGUUACUGCUACCGAUUUGGUGCUGACGUGCACUCAGAUGCUGAGGAAACAUGGUGUUGUUGGAAAAUUUGUCGAGUUUUAUGGCAAGGGUAUGCAAGAGCUGUCCUUGGCUGAUCGGGCGACUAUUGCAAAUAUGUCUCCUGAGUAUGGUGCCACCAUGGGCUUUUUCCCUGUGGAUCACGUGUCUUUGCAGUAUUUGCGGAUGACCGGUCGUGAAGAGAAGAAGGUCGAGAUGAUUGAAUCCUACUUGCGAGCAAACAAAAUGUUCAUCGAUUACAAUGAGCCUGAAACCGAGAAGGUUUAUUCUUCGUAUUUGGAGUUGGAUCUGGAUUCAGUACAGCCCUGCGUGUCUGGUCCGAAACGUCCACACGAUCGGGUAAACUUAAAAGAUAUGAAAGAAGAUUGGCAUAAUUGUUUGGAUAGCAAGGUCGGGUUCAAGGGCUUUGGCGUGCCUAAAGAUGAGCAGUCGGCAAUUGCAAAGUUCAAGUUUGAAGGAAAACCAGCUGAGCUCAGACAUGGCGAUGUUGUUAUUGCCGCCAUUACAAGCUGUACGAAUACGUCGAAUCCCAGUGUGAUGCUUGGGGCCGGACUUGUUGCGAAAAAAGCAACAGAACUUGGCCUUCAAGUAAAGCCUUGGAUAAAGACGAGUCUGGCUCCAGGGUCCGGGGUAGUUACAAAGUAUCUUAAGCAGAGUGGCUUGACAGAGUAUCUUGACAAGCAAGGUUUUAGUUUGGUUGGUUAUGGCUGCACAACGUGCAUUGGUAAUUCUGGAGAAAUUCACGAAGAUGUAGCGUCUGCGAUUGCUGACAAUGAUAUGAUCGCGGCUGCCGUGCUUUCUGGAAACCGUAACUUCGAGGGUCGUAUCCAUCCUUUGACUCGAGCCAAUUACUUGGCAUCACCUCCUUUGGUAGUCGCAUAUGCCUUAGCUGGAACGGUUGAUAUCGACUUCGAUACGGAACCGAUUGGAGUUGGAAAAUCAGGAAAAGAGGUUUUCUUGAGGGAUAUUUGGCCUUCGUCCGAAGAAGUGGCAAAGGUAGUCGAAAAAGCCGUGGUUCCGGACAUGUUCCGAUCAACAUAUAAGACCAUCACGAAGGAAAACAAAAUGUGGAACAAUCUUUCCGCUCCUUCUGGUGCUUUAUAUGCGUGGGAUCCAGAAUCUACUUACGUGCAUGACCCCCCGUUUUUUAAAUCGAUGACGGAGAGCCCUCCUGGUGUCCACGGCGUAAAAGAUGCGUAUUGUAUUCUAAACUUUGGGGACAGCAUCACGACUGAUCAUAUAUCUCCUGCGGGAAACAUCAACAAAGACAGUCCAGCUGCCAGGUACUUGAUGGAACGUGGAGUUGAGAAAAAGGACUUCAACUCUUAUGGAAGCCGUCGGGGUAACGACGAGAUCAUGGCAAGAGGAACAUUUGCCAACAUCCGGAUUGUCAACAAGUUUCUCAAAGGCGAGGUUGGCCCCAAGACAAUUCAUAUACCUUCUGGAGAAAAGCUUUCUGUCUUUGACGCUGCCAAGAAAUACCAAGACGAGGGGCAUGAUACCAUCAUACUUGCUGGUGCAGAAUAUGGAAGUGGAAGCUCCAGGGAUUGGGCUGCCAAAGGGCCGUAUUUGCAGGGUGUGAAAGCAGUAAUUGCGAAGAGUUUUGAGCGUAUUCAUCGGAGCAACUUGGUGGGAAUGGGCAUCAUCCCGUUGUGUUUCAAGAGUGGCGAGGACGCAGAAUCGCUGGGAUUGACAGGGUAUGAGAGGUUCACCAUCGAUAUUCCUUCGGACAUCAAGGACAUCAAGCCGGGGCAAGACGUUGUUGUGAAGACUGAUAAAGGCAAAAGUUUCACCUGCACUUUGCGGUUUGACACACAGGUGGAAUUGACGUAUUUUGAGAAUGGAGGCAUUCUACAUUACGUGAUUAGACAACUACUUCAGUCCAAGUAAAAUGUUCUUUUUUUGUCCUUUGGGAGCGGGUGACGGGGCACAGGAUGUACACUAUUUUGGUUUUCUUUUUCGAUUGAUCGCCAGCCAGGUAUUUCUCUGUGCUGAAUAAAACCGAGAGGUUUUUCUGGAAGUCAGCCGAAUUUUUUUACUCUUACGAAAUAAAGGUGAAUGUGUCCAGAUA